GCUACGACAAGUCACGGGUCUUCCUUAGCAACCGGUGCUUGGGCGGCGGCGCGGGCCGCGGUGGCGGCGCAGCAGUGUCCUCUGAGCUGGAAAUUUUCCCCUCCUGCUGAAGCUGCUCUGCCUGUGUUCACAGAGCUGUGCUCCUCUCAGCUGCCUGUGCCGCAGCACCUUGCUGAGCUCCAGGCCAUCCCCUCUGCCCCUUCCCGGGGUCACUGUGGAAGUACCAUGGCAGACACCGGGGAGGGGAAAAAGGAGGAAGCUGACUAUAAAAGACUUCACAGCUUUCCACUGAUUAGGCACACUGACAUGCCAGAGGAGAUGCGUGUAGAGGCCAUGGAGCUGUGCGUUACGGCAUGUGAGAAAUACGCCACCAACAACGAGAGUGCUGCCAAGAUGAUCAAAGAGAUGAUGGACAAGAAAUUUGGGUCCUCCUGGCAUGUGGUGAUUGGGGAAGGUUUUGGCUUUGAGAUCACUCACGAGGUGAAGAAUCUGCUGUACAUGUUCUUUGGUGGCAGCCUGGCUGUGUGUGUCUGGAAGUGCUCCUGACGUCUGGCGGGGUCCCAUACAAGAGAUUUCUUGUACGCUGCAUUCAAGAGAUUUCUUCCUUCUCUUGACAGUUUUGUACAAUCUGGAGGUGGGGCUUUUUUUUUUUAAUAGUUAAACAUCAAGAUUUUUUUUUCAUAUUGACUUAACAGUUCCAUGGGAUACAUAUAGUUGGUGCAUGUGUAUGUAUAAACUUGCUAAGCUGUCCUGUCCUUGCUUAUAGGAUUUCUCAUCUGUCUGUGGCUCUUUCUGGGGUGGUUGAGCCGAAGCAGGAAGGAGAUGGGGUGUAGGUAUCUCACGACACGCUGCAGAGCCGUGUAGCAACGCUAGGAGGGGGAAGCAAAAGAGAAAAGGUGCUAUCUAACCCUACGGGGGUUUUUGUCCUCCCACUUGUUCCACGUCGUGCCCUCUCUUCUCUGCCUUCCCUGCUACCCUGUGGUAUGGCUCUGACCGGCACCUGUUUCUCCUCUCUCUGAAUGCUGAGCAUAUCUUCUUUCCCCCUCACUUUUAAGAUGUCCGUACAGAACUGGCAGUGCCAAGGGUCCCCAUGGAGGCAGACUGAGCUCGCCCUUCCCCAUUUCUUUUGGGAGGGCACAACAGCUGAGCUGCCUGGGUGUAGGAGGUUGCUAUGCAAACUGCCCCCUCCUUUCUCACCCACCACACACUGAGAUAGCAUGAAAACACAGGCAGCUGACGACGCCUGGGGAGUGGGUGAGAACUCUUCAUAAGGCUUGAAUGCCUCCCUGUCAGUUCUUGGGGGUGUUGUAAGUGCUGUGUACUUUCAGCAUCUUGUUUGGAGGCUGGUAGAGGCUCCAUGUGAGAUAUCACUUGGUCAUCACAAACCUAACGUCUUUUUGGACUUGCAUUCUUUUAGUCUGUUUCAUUUUUUAAAGCUGUCAGUGUUGGAGGAUGGAAUGAACGUAAUUGUAUGUUACGUAUAUGGCUUAUUUAUAUAAAUCUGGGGAACUGUUUUUACAAUAAAAAUUUAGUAAAAUGUC